ACCUGUGUACCUUCAGCGCCUCUGCUCUCGCUUCAUUCUUCCUCACUGUGCAUGCGCUAGCCUUGCCGGAGGCUCUUCUUCUUGCGCUUCUGCUCCCCUGCUGAGAAUGGAGCUCUGAGGUCAGCAAACCGCAAACAAUUGUCAAUAUCAUGGACAACAAAACAUGGGUUUGGAACAAGAAGUCCUCGGUAAAAAAUAUCGAGAAAGAGAGAAUCCUUGAGCUAGAGAGAUACUUGGAAGAUUUAAACGAACAACUCUCAUUGGUUCGCCGCGAGUCCAAUGCUAAAGAUGAGCUUUUGGCCAAGCAAACCAAAGUAUCUGAGGAAACAGUUGCAGGAUGGCGAAAAACAGAAGCAGAAACCGCUUCUUUAAAGCAAAAACUGGAUGAUGUGCUACUCCAGAAGAAAUCUGCUUUAGAAAGAGUAGCUGAUAGAGAUAUAGCAUUAAAAGAAUGCAUGCAACAGCUACAUAUUACUAAAGAAGAUCAGCAGUUUCUUGUUAACAAUGCUGCGUUAAAGAUAUCGAGAGAGCAGGAGAAGGUCCGAAUGUUAGAACAUAAAUUAGCUGAGACGAAUAAGAGGCUUGCUGAGUUAGUUGUUGAAAAUGGCAACUUGAAUAGAAUUCUAGAGGCCAAAGAACAGAUAUUCAAAGAAGCAUGCCAGUCGAACUCCAAGGUAGAAGCAAACCUCACAGAAGUGAUGAGUAGACUUGAUUCAUCUGAGAAACUCAAUGCUUCUCUAAGGUAUGAGCUGUGCAUGCUCCAGAAAGAGAUUGAGAUUCGAAAUGAGGAGAGGGAUUACAGUAACAGAUCCUCAAAUGCUGCCCAUAGGCAACACCUAGAGAAUGUCAAGAAGAUUGUUAAGCUUGAGACGGAGUGCCAAAGAUUGCGUGUCAUGGUCAGGAAGAGACUUCCGGGACCAACAGCUUUAGCUAAAAUGCGAAGUGAGGUUCAAGUGUUGGAUAAUAAUAAUUCCACUGAAGCAAGGAAGAAAAGGUCGAGUUUCACGAAUGAAGAUUUCAGCUCAAAGAGUAUUGUCUCCGACGAUGAUGCAUCAAGCAAGGGUGCCUUUUCACUUGUCAACAGACUACAUGCCAUUGAAGAUGAGAACAAGAUUCUCAAAGAAUCUUUGAUCAAGAAAAACAAUGAACUUCAGGCAUCACGAGUCAUGUUUGCACGUACCACAUCGAAGCUAUCACAGGUUGAGAAACAACUUGAAGAAUUCUCAAAAGGACAAGUUUGUGAGCCAUCAAAGGGCAGUCCAUUGUCGUGCGACUUUCAUGUUUCUUCGAUUUCAGAGCAUGGUGCGAAUGAUGAAAUCCUUAGCUGUGCUGAAUCAUGGGCUUCUGCUUUAGUUUCUGAAUUGGAACACUUUAAAAGUGGAAAACCAGCCGCAUCAUCCUGCAGAAAUGCCACAAUAUCAGAAUUGAGUGUGAUGGAUGACUUUGUUGAGAUGGAGAAACUCGCCAUUGUUUCCUUAGACAAACAUUUUGAAAGUUCCCUGAGUGUGUCUGGAGAUAAUAAUUCGUGUGUUACGACUAAGGACUCUUGUGCAGGACUUGAUUUAUCAGAAGCAACAGGCAAGGAGUUGGUUCCAGUUAAGGAUGCGAACACAGAGACUCAAUUGAGGUACACAUCAUUCAAAAACCACCCAAGUUGGCUUCAGGACAUUCUGAGGGUCAUCAUACAAAAGCAUCAUAUCAUGCAAAAAAGUUUCAGUGACAUUCUUAAUGAUGUUAGAGUUGCCCUGGAUGACUUGAAUUAUACUAUUGAGGGAGAUCAUUUCGAUAGCAAAAGCAGGACCCAACCACGUCGGUCGAACUUAGAAGAAUCAGUUCGUAAACUUAUUGAAUUGGUUGAGGGAAUCAUUCAGAAAAUUACCAAAAGCAAUGGAAUGGAGAUGUCUUCUGGUGAUGCCCAAGCAAAUUCUAUAGCUCAAAGAUCUCCUUUGGCAAAUGGAUAUGUUGCCUGCUCAUUUCUGUGGGAAAAUUCUGAGCAAGUUGCUGUUCUACAGAAUUUUGUUUCGGUGUGUAAUGAAUUGCAGUGCAGAAAGGUUGAUCUCGAGCAAUUUGCUGCUCAAGUAGCUUCAACUCUGGAGUGGAUUGUAAACCAUUGUUUUUUUCUUCAGGAUGUUACAGACAUGAAAGCAACGAUAAGGAAACACUUGGAUGCAGACGAAUUAAACACUAGCCAUGAGCUCAAAGCUGUGGUAUAUCCAUCUAAAGAGUUGGAUAAGUUAGAUUCAAUUGAAGAAGCACAUAUUACCGAUGAAAUGCACCGUCAUUAUCUCUUGUCAAGAAUGGAUGAUACAGAGACCACACUGAAAGAUGAAAAUGAGCAAUUGAAGUGUAAGAUCACGAGUGUGGAGUCUAGAAGGAAAGAUCUCGAAUCAGUGCUGAAAACAUUCACUAAUAAGAAUGAAAUGCUGACAGCUCAACUUCGGGAGUCAGAAGUGAACGUCUCCAAUUUACAACUAGAACUAGCAGCACUUAAGGAAUCCAAGGGGCAGAUUGAAGACCAGAUUAUCAAACAAAAAUUUAUUAAUGAAGAUCUUGGGACACAGCUUUCAAUUGCGAAGAUCCUUGAAGUUCAACUGAAAGGGAAAAGCAAUUGCUGUGAGGAAUUAGAGGCAACAUGUCUUGAAUUGCAGCUUCAGAAUGAAAGUGUCUCAUCCAAGGAAACUCCAAGCUAUGCCCUGCAACUAGAAGAAAAGCAAAUUCAGACGGACUGCGAUACAGCUGAAGCUUCCAAAAAGCUUGCAGAUUGCCAGGAAACGAUUGUAAACCUGGGUAAACAGUUGAAAGCAUUGGCCUCACCACAAGACGUGCCUGCCACUGCAAAAUCCAAACAUAGGCUUCAGUUAGUCGAUCACAUGAGAGAAGAGGAUAAGAUAAUGUUGCAAUUGCCAAACAUGAAGGAAAUCAUAUCUGCUGAAGCACUCAAACCACCAACAGGUGUAGUUUCUGAUGACCAAUACUUGAACAAAGGUUCAGAAAAAAGUAUCACAGAUCUAUUGCAAGUGAAGUCACCUACUAGCAAUCACAUAGGUGGGACUGAUUCAGAAAUGCUCAUGAUUGUACCGAAGAAACAAAAAGGAAAGGGUAUGUUUCUGAGGAAGCUACUGCUGCUACGGAGAGAACAGUGAGAACCUGUUAGUAGUAAAACCUGAAACUUCACAAAUAGCAGAAACAAAUGGCAGAGGAGUUUUGGUUGCUAGUGUAACUUUUAGUGAUGGUGAUAAGGGAUAAGGAACCAGGUGGGAUAUUGUAUGUAGAAUUGGUGGUUUCCUUGUUUCUAGUUUGGUCGAUGUGGUGUAAGCAUUCAUGCAAAUGCAUGUUAAUGUUGUAUGUAAUUUCCACUGGUACAAUUUCUAAUAAUGUCAUGUUGAAUGAGAGUGAAACCUUA